UAACCGGCGCCGUCGACGUCACGGCUUUCUAGCAUGUUCUGACGGCAACCGGAUAAAGACUCGAGGAGAGCGGCUCGCGGGACGCUGUGGGAAGAGGAGUCUCCGCGGGCAGGCCGCUCCGACUUGUCACUAUGGCCAAGUGGGGACAGGGCGACCCGCGUUGGAUCGUGGAGGAGCGGGCCGAUGCUACUAAUGUCAAUAACUGGCAUUGGACAGAAAGAGAUGCCUCGAAUUGGUCCAUAGAUAAGCUUAAGUCACUGUUGCUGGCAGUCAGUGUAGAAAAUGAUGAGGGAGUAUGCAAAGUGACAGAGGUGACCAAGACGGAUGGUGAAGCUUCAAUUAAUAACAGAAAAGGAAAACUGAUUUUCUUCUUUGAGUGGAACAUCCACAUGUCAUGGAUAGGAACUUCAAAAACUGGAAUUAAGUAUAAAGGAACUGUGGAGAUACCAAACCUCUCAGAUGAAAAUGAUAUUGAUGAUGUAGAUGUUACUGUUGGGCUUGCAAAAGAUGAGCCUGACACAAUACUCUUGGCCUUAAUGAAAAAUGAAGGCGUGAAGAAGAUCAGGGAAGCUCUCCUCAAUUACAUUGAUACACUGAAAUUAGAAUUUACUCAGGGAAUGAUCUUGCCAACGGUUAAUGGAGUUCAAAAAGAACCAUCAAAAUCGAAGCCCAAGGUUGAUCUACAGACAAAGGUUGCUGUGGGGCACUUACCCAGUCAGGUUACAUCAGUUGGGGUUAAGAUUCCAACCUGUAAGUUUAACUUAAAGGACUACUUUAUGACAUCACCAGAAGAAUUAUACAGAAUCUUCAUUACGCAAGAGCUUAUUCAGGCUUUCACACAUGCACCAGCAGUUGUUGAGGCUACAAAAGGAGGGAAGUUCCGACUUCUAGAUGGGAAUGUCAGUGGAGAAUUCUUGGAAUUGGUUUCCGAGCAACGGAUUAUCAUGAAAUGGAGGUACAAGUCAUGGCCAACUGAACAUUAUGCAACUAUAAAACUAAGUUUCUGCAGCAAGGAUGAUGGAACAGAGCUUCAAGUGGAGUGCAAAGGUGUCCCAGUGGGGGAGGAGGAGCAGACGAAAUCAGGGUGGCAGCGUUACUACUUUGAAGGCAUUAAGCAGACUUUUGGAUACAAUGUACGAUUGUUUUGAAGGGAUGAUCUAUCUGAAAACUCCUAGCUAACUUAUGAAUACCGAAAAGCUUUAGACCUUUGUUCAUUUCACUGUUCUGUUCAUUCUGUUCAGUUAACCCGCAACUAUGACAGUGGAUACUUUCAAAAGAAUGUCUGUCUUUUUUUAUUCCAGCAACCAAAAACCUCCAUUCAGUUAAGUACAGCCUUAGAAUGGGAAAGAAUGAGAGUCAAUUGUGUCAAUUGUGAAAUUGAGAUCUGAGAAUUUUCCACUAUAUUGUAGAGAUGUGUAAAAGACUAGAUCUAAUCACCAGUAGUAACUGCAACGUACUUGCAGUUUUCAUGUUUGUAUGGAUUGAGUACAUGAAGAGCAAAUGAGAGAUUAAAGAAGUUUCUUGCCUCCCCUUGUUUACUUCAGCUUUCUGCCCCUCCCGCCCCCCCCUUCUUUGUCUUCCCCCCCCCCCCGUCUUCCCCUGCCCUCUGUCUUCCCCCCCCUCUCUUCCCCCCCCCCCCCCCCACCCAUCACCACACUAACUCACCUACAAACCAUAAAUCUCUUAUUCCCUUUUACUCCAUGUGCAGUAUUUGCCUUCAACUGCAGUAUUUGCCUACUCCCAAAAUCUGAAAAGGGCACCUUUUACCUUUUUGCAGCUAUUCAGGAAAAGCAGAUUUCAAUCCAACCAUCUGUUUGCAUCUGAUGCUUGUUCACUGAUGAUAAACUCAGUAUAGCAAUGUGACAGUGACAGGAUCAAAUAAAAGCUAGGAGUGGAAGAAAAACUUUACUCAUGGUUUGUUUUUGUCAAAUGUAAUUACUUUAAAUGACUGGUGGAUUAGGUGCAUUUCAAGUAUGUUCUAAUGUAAUUGCUGUCACUAGCAAAAACUUUUCAGGUGGGUUUCAGUUAUGAGUUCAUUGAAGUGGACCACUUACAAACAUUAAAUCAUAUGAAAGUCCAUCAAAGCUACUAUUUGCAAAACUGUGAAACUUGUUUUGUUUUCAUUCCAUAACAGGCAAUACUGCAUCUUUCAAAGGAACUGCAAGGGAGUAAAUAUUCAGAUUUCCUAAUUUAUCACUUUCCCUCUCAAAAGUCAGCUUGGAAUGAGUUUUUUUUAAAUGAGCACAUUGAAUAGGUAUCCUUGAUACUGGCAUUGGAAAUUGCUAGAGCAGAGCAUUGUGCAUGUUUUUUUUUAAAUUUACCCUUCAAAUUAGAAUUUUACACGGUUUGCUGGAAGUAUGAGCUAAUAAUGACAGGCUGAAGAAAGUACAGCAUUUGAAAAUCUCCGGAGUACUGAGGUUCAAGAUUUGAAAAAAACAGAAACCACUGAAAAUAAACCUGAGUUAAAUAGGAACACAAAGCAAGAGGAAUUGAGUUAGAGUGGAGGUGAGUGGAAAGAGAAAACCGAAGUGAAACUCAGGAAAGAAUUGCAUUUUAAAAUCAACUAGAAAUGUCCUAGGGAAAUUUGAUUUCGGUGUUAAAUUGUUCCCUCUCUGUACUAGUUAAUUUUUGACAUUGAAGGAACAUAAUUUACUGUCAAGUGCUAGCCCACACUUCCUCUGAAAAGUUUAUUGGCAAUGAUUGCACAAGAAUUGGAUCUGUGAAGGAAGAACGAGGUGCUACAAAUAUAAGGUACUCAACAAUGAAAUUCAGAAAAUUUGUGAAAUCUGUGGCAUUUGAAGCAAGUAGCAUGAAUUCAUUUUAAGGAAAUCUAGGUAAAUAUUAGAAAACAAAAAUCCGGCAAUACACAGCAGGUCUGACAGCAUGUGGAGAGGAAACAAAAGUUUAAAAUCAACUGGGGGAAGAAAAGUUGGAUAUAUAAUAGUUUAAUCAAGUAGAGGAUGAGUAGCAGGUGAGCUAAGGAACAAUUGCCUAUGGGUUGUGGUUGGGAGAGAUUAAGUGACAGCAGGGGUUAUAGUGCAAAGUGAUUGUACACUUGACAGUUUUCUGCACUUGGAAUUUGAGUUCAGCAAUUUCAGAUCUACAUGUUUUUAGUUCUUGAUGGCAGUUAGUAAUAAUAUUCUGUUCCCUCUCUAAUCAGAUUUUUUACUAGUAUGGAGGGUAAAAAGUAACUCCUUUUUAUGUCUUGCCAAAAUUAUUCCUUUUUGUAAUUUCAUCUUGAUUUCCGUAGCAACCUUUUUUUGAAAAAAGGCUGCAGGUGAACAGCCAUUUUAUUCUAGCUGACAGCAGACUGGGGCAAAUUAUCAGGAAGUUGAUUGCAAUUCAUAACAAACAAGAUAUCUCCUGCUCUCCACAAGUUGCUGACUAUGUUGUGUGCCUUUCAACUCUUAUCAGCGAGAAAGGUUUAUUCAGAUUGAUUGGAUCAAACUACAAGAUUUAAUUCAGGUGACUUGCGCAUUGUGCUUUUUGUGGAACUAAAGUUUAAGCCUGAUCUCUUGCAGUUGGCAACAGUGGAUUGGUAGAUAUUUGAUUAACAUGCUGAAUUGUCGGAACAGUAGGUGUAGGUUGGUUGUCCAUCCCCAUGUACAUAUGACACUGUCACAACUUACUUUAUUAAAUACAAUUUCUACUUAA